AAGCACAAGGGAGGGAAGGGGAGGGUUUGCAUGAACAAACGUAACGGCACUCUUGGGGAGCCGACCUGAGCUCUUUUCCAUUUAAUAGCGACAGGGAGAAAGUCAGGCAGAGGUCGAUGACACGAGGAUUUUCAGUGUUUGUUUCUGUGGCGAUUCCGUCCAAUUGGACAGCCGCCAACGAGACACAUUGCCAACGAGGUUGUCCGUUUUGGUAUUGUAAUUAUGGUUUCAAUAUUUUCGGGCAAUUUUCUCAAUUUCCAGAUUUUUGUCGACUCCGUGAAAAUCCCGCUUCGCUCCCGCUUCUAUCGCUAUAAAUUAAGAACGACCCUCAGUUGCCUUCCACGGCCUCAGAGUGAGUGCUUGACAGAGAGGAAGGAGAGAGAGAGAGAGAGAGAGAGAGAUAGAGACAGUGGAGGAGUCCUUUAAUUAGUGGGGCUCUGGAGUCUGGAGCUAUCUAUCUUUGCAGCUCAGGCAAACCCAUUUCCAGCCUUCACCAAUUCUCAUCUCUUCUGGAUUGAUUUCAUCCGUGACUAAGGAAAGGUCUGCGGUUAAAUUCUGGACGUAACAUAUCUGGAAUUUAUUGUCUUCAGCCUAAAAGGGAAUAUAUAUGUCAGCAUUGAUGCGGGGUCGUAGGAAUAUCUUUACUUCUGUUCCUGAAAUUAUUAUCAUUGAUGAUGAUGAUGAUGAUAGCCAUCUUCAGGUGGUUCAACAUAAUGAAGUUCCAGAGGAUGUUUUACAUCAUGCUGGUGAUUCAAACAUGGGUUGGAUAGGUCAGUCUAAUUCUGGGGUGAGCCCGCACUUGGAAGCUCCCAAAGACCUUAUUUCAGAGCAUGGAUGGUUGUCUUCCCAGGAUGCUUAUGCUGGUAGUAGUCAAAGAUUAGAAGCAAGGCAUUCUGAGCUAAACAAUACCCCUCCCUUGGAAAGUGUUAACAGAUGCCUCGGUAAUGCUCCAAUUACCAAUCGUCCAUUGACCUUGCACAGUGCUAGUUCUAAUCAUGUCUCUCAAAAUAUAGACCUGAAUGCUGAUUAUGAAGGCAGGAAUAAAAUUGGAGAGCAGAAUAUUGAAGCAGAUAUAACUCUUCACCCCUUCAAGCAAAGUACAGACACUGAUGUGGUUCAACCUGCCGGGGAUUCUUCUAAUCUGGUUUUAAUCUCAUCUAGAACUCCUGGAUCUAUAGGAGAAGAGAAUGAUGGAAGAUCCAAUCUCUCAUCGGAUGAUCUGCGUCAAUCCUUCAAAAGGAAAGAACCUGAGAAUGCUUAUGGACAACUGUCUUUGGGUGAAAGUUCAAACUCUGUUCAGCCAGUUGACCUCUCAGAAAGGCAAGCUGUUUCUGCUGAACAAAAUGCUUCCCACAACUUGAAUACAUCUUUUCCCCGGUCUAAUAUGCCACAUGUCAGAUACCCAGAACAGUUGAACACUAGACUUGAGGUUACAAUACAAGCAGCUUCUGAUGUGCGUGAAAAUUCAAGCGUGGUAGGAAGACCAAACUUGGCGAGAAAUGUUCGUUUGAGACCAGGAAAUCAACAACUUUUUGCAUCGGCCAAUCUGUCUUCAUCUGAAAAUCACAUAGCAAAUUCUCAUGUGCUCUCACCAAAUCCACAAUCUGUAAGGUUCUCUCGUAAUCGUCCCUCGGACCCGAGGUUAAAUGCAGUCAGAGUUAAUAUGGCUCCUCAAACUUCCCUAGCUGCAAGUAUGGCUUCUCAAGUUUUUCCAGCUGCAAAUAUGGCUUCCCAAGUUCCCCAUUCCGUGAAUAUGGUUCCUCAAAGUUUUCUACAAACUCUGCAGUCUUCAACUUGGAAUCAGUUUGCCAAUUCAAGAGGCAUGAGUUCAUCUAUGCCUCCUAUGUCUCCGAUGUCUCCUGCAUCUCCUACAUCUCCUAUGUCCCCGCUGCUUCCUAUGUCUCCAAUGUCUCCUACUAUGCCUCCUAUGUCUCCCAUGUCUCCUACAUCCCCUAUGUCUCCUUUUGGUAUUUUAAAUGGAGAUGAUGCAUUACUGGAGGGAGGGAAUUCAAGCAGCUUUCCAAGAAAUGGUUCUGAACAAAAUAUGCUUCUUCUGCAGACUGAAAGGGGAAAUGUUUUCACACAAAAUCCUGUUGCUAAUAGAAAUAGAAGUUUUUUUGUAAAUAGUGCUUCUGCUUCUCAAAAUGGCUCUCUUUCCGGCAUCCAUCCCUCAUCUAACCAUGCCUUGUUUCUUCAUCAAAGCACUGCUGGGCAUUAUGAACAAAGAAUCUCAGAAGUUGUUCAUCGCUCAAUAACCACAUCUGAUGUCUUGGAGUUUGGACAGCAUAGUGGCAACCGCCAGCCACAUUCUGGUGCUCAAGUUAUUAUUGGAGGGAUAGUGACUCCGACUAGACCUCCUAAUGCAGUGCUUUCUCGUAUGCAGCUGCGAAGAGGCUUUUUGAGUAGACUGAGGAGACACACCAACCUUCAUUCACAAAUUCCCCCUGAAAUGUGGGAUUGGGCUGAGCGGGUCAGUGGCGGACUAAUAUCUGAGAGUAUUUUGGCCAUCGAUCGUGCUAUGUUGAGUGGGAUGCGUAUGCAGAAUGAUGUGCAUGAAGAAAUGCGUCUUGACAUAGAUAAUAUGUCUUAUGAGGAACUGUUGGAACUCGAAGAGACCAUUGGAGAUGCAGACACUGGAUUGACUGAGGAAGAUGUCCUUGGACACAUGAAGCAGAAAAAGUAUCGUUCCAUCAAAAUUGGACCUCCAACAGAUGAUCCAUGCUGCAUUUGUCAGGAGGAAUAUGAUGAUGGAGAAGAUGUGGGGACGCUGGAUUGUGGACAUGAAUUUCACACUAACUGCGUUAUGAGAUGGCUCUUGCGAAAGAACACUUGCCCCAUCUGCAAACAGACGGCCCUGUCUGUCUGACUGUACGAGUCCUGGAUAUGGGAAGUACCAGUGGUUGAUGGCUUGUUUUUGGAGUUAAGGACAUGGAAACCCCAGCUAUGGAGAAUCAGAAAACUUUGUGACAAGUUCGCAAGGUUUGAGACUAUUUAAAUUUUAGGUGGCAGCUAUACAUAUGCCGGCUGCUUUAGCAGCAGACCUUCUAUAUUUAUCUUUGCUGAAAUUAAACCGUGUUAAGACUUAUUCUUAUGGUAUUUGAGAUGUUGCUCUUUUGAACAAGUUGUUGAAGUUUGUGUGAGAAGUUUGCUAUGACAUUUCGACUUUGGUAUUAAUGACUAGCUAUCUUUUGGUUA